UCGUUUCCGCCAUUCUCUCUAAUCUCUAUCCAUAAUCAGAUUUCCAUUCAUCAAUGGCGUUGAAGAAACUGUUAGCUCAGCGCUUCUUCGGCAAAUCUACGAUCACCAGCGCCGCGGUGACCAACUGCCGCGUCUCGUCCCCAUGCACUGCCGCGCUCUCCAAGGCGAUGUCGUCGAAGAAUCUGGCAUCCGAUCCCGGCGACGACGGAAUAUUCCGACGAUAUAUCCACCGGAAAGCGGGGGAGGUGUCGUCCGUCGCCGCCGGCCUGCGGCUCCUCCCGACCGGGGAGAAGCUUCUGGAGAGGAUCCGAGAGAUGGACAUUGCUCGGAGCCGGAUCGAGCGCGAUGGCGUGAGGCUGGAGACGGCGGCGGAGAAGGAGGAGGAGGAGACGCGCCUGACGGUGAAGGACGCUGUGAAGAUUCUCAAAGUUUCGCAGUUGGAAAUUAUCAAGGCGAGAUUGAGGGAAAUUGAGAAGGAUCAGAUUUCGUAUUCGGAGUUGGUUGCAAUAUGUUCGACGGAAUGCUCAAGCGACGAUCACGCGAUCGAAUUCGCUCAAAUGCUCGAUCAAUCUGGGACCGUUAUUGUGCUCGGCAAUACCGUCUAUAUCAGGCCCGAACAGGUGGUGAAAGCCAUCCGAAGCCUAAUCCCAGUGUCCCCACACAGCCUAAACGAAUCAAGAAUGUUCCAAGAAAUGGAGAAGCAAAAGGCAGCCAUCGACAGAGAGGCUCGAACGUUGGUGCAACGCGAGCUUCACUGUGGAUUAGUCUAUUUUGCAGUCCAAACAGCAGCCUUGAUGAGGCUGACAUUCUGGGAGCUCACAUGGGAUGUGAUGGAGCCCGUAUGCUUCUUCAUCGCGUCCACGCACUUCAUGGCUGCGUACGCCUUCUUCAUACGAACCUCCAUGGAGCCCACCUUCGAGGGCUUCUUCCACAGCCGCUUCGUGGCCAAGCAGAAGCGCCUCAUCAAGGACCACAAUUUCGAUAUUCACAAGUAUAAUCAGUUGAAGAAAGUUUAUUAUUGCAAGCCUAAACCUUCUCAAUCAGAUGAUCAUGCUGCUGCAUUCGCUUACUAGUUCUGGAUUUCGCACGUUUUCAUCGGGCACAACACAGCGGUUGUGAUGUGUUUAGAGAAAAUGAUGCAAUAUAAUUCAAACUGUUAGAUCAUAGUUAUAAAUUGUAUCGUCUUGGCGGCUCUUGUAUCAUGUAGAUUGAAGAGGUUUAGGCUUUAGGAUAUCUUUACUUUUUAUCUUUUUUUGGGGGGUGCAUGUAUGCAUUGUAUUCAAAUGAAUCAUGAACUUGAUAUGUAGACAAGUUCAACAAUGAAAUCUAGGAAUUAGGAACUUUAUAGAUUAUAGAAAUAAAUAAUUUUUCUCUUUUAUAUAUAGUAGAAUUUCCAA